AUGCUGCUGGACACAGGUGCUGAUGUCAACGCACAAGGAGGCCGGUAUAGGAACGCGUUACAGGCGGCAUCAGAGGGUAGCCACAAGAUAGUGGUGCAGAUGCUGCUAGAUACGGGUGCUAAUGUUAAUGCACAAGGAGGCCUGUAUGUUAACACGCUGCAGGCAGCAUCAGAUGGUGGCCACAAGACGGUGGUACAGAUGCUGCUGGAUACAGGUGCUAAUGUCAACACACAAGGAGGCCUGUAUGUCAACGCGCUGCAGGCGGCAUCAGAUAGUGGCCACAAGACAGUGGUGCAGAUGCUACUGGCCACGGGCGGCAUCCGAGGCGAGUAUGGCAACGCGCUGCAGGCAGCAUCCUGGAAUGGCUACGAGGAAGUGGUACAGAUGCUACUGGAUAUGGGUGCCAAUGUCAACACACAAGGAGGCCGGUAUGUCAACGCGCUGCAGGCAGCAUCAUUCGGUGGCUACAAGACGGUGGUGCGGAUGCUGCUGGACGCGGGUGCCAAUGUCAACGCACGAGGAGGCCGGUAUGGCAACGCGCUGCAGGCGGCAUCAGCAUGUGGCCAUGGGACGGUGGUGCAGAUGCUGCUGAACCAUGGUGCGACGACCGUUUCUUAA